CACUGUAGUGUAUAUUCUGGAUAAGUUUUUAUGCAACAUUGCUUAAUAAUGAUGAAGUAACACUGAGCUCUUUCUGAUUUCUGAUCCACGCCUGCACUGAUUUCUCUCUCCGCCCUCUGAACACGCCCCCGCACUCUGAUUGGCUCUUCCCGGCUUCUACUCCCGCCUCCUUGUGGCGCUCUGCUUUCCUCAUCAAUGAAGCCUAUUUGAAUAAUGUGCAAGCACUUGGACUGGAGCCAAUCAGCUGUCAGGGCACCAUGAUAAAUCGCAAUGCAUUAUUGAUAAUAAUAAUUACUUUGACAUGCGCAUUUCUACUUGAAGGGCUAAUUUCGGCCGACCUGGAGAAUUUACUAAGGCGAAGGAGUAAAGCGUGUUACUAUUUGCCCCAGAUGGUGGUGUAGUCUGCCAUGUCGCGACGCAAGCAGUCCAAACCGCAGCACAUCAACUCGGAAGAACCCGGUUCAUCAGAAAACGGGGUUCUACAAGAUGUCCAUACAGAGGAUGGGCAUGAAACCAAGAGGUGUCGAAUGGAGGAAACAAGAGUCUGUGAAAAAUGCUGUGCUGAGUUCUUUGAUGAAAUGGAGUUUCUUGAACAUGAGAGAAACUGCACUAAGAGUCAACAGGUUGUAAUUAUGAAGGAUGGGGAGGGGGGUGAAAUACCACUCGAGUUCUCGCAACGCUCUCCUGAAUUCCAAAGUGAUCACAGCGAUGGGCGGUCUAGCAGUAAUUCUCAGUCAAAGCACAGCACGGAGUCUGCCGACACCGUUGAGGACGCGUUGAAUUUAAACGGAGACGGUGACUCAAAACAAUCCCAGGAGGAUAUGUCCAACAGCAUUGACGUUGGUUACAUGGCGGUGUCCAAAUUGCAGGACUCCAAUGUUACUCUUGAAGCCAUGCCUGCCACCAGAGUAGCUGUAACUCAGCACUCAUCUAGUUCAUCUACUCAGAAGUCUCCCUCACCGUUGUCUCAAGAUGCCCUUCACGCAAUACCCAUGAUCCUUGAGCAGCUGGUUAGUCUUCAGCAACAGCAACUGCAGCAGAUCCAGCUGACUGAACAGAUUCGGAUCCAAGUAGCCAUGAUGACACCACAGAGCGUCCAGUCUGCAAUGGGAGCCACCGUGGAUCCGUUGAAGGCACUUGGGGCACAUCUUUCCCAGCAACUUUCAGCUGCUGCUGCUCUAAUCGGAAAACGUACAGGCACACAGAGUUUGUCGUUGGAGGCUCUCAAACAAGGCAAAUUACCCCAAUCCAGUAGCAUUCCCACAUCGCAUGCUGGAAGUGUUGGCUCCAUACCCCUGAAGACCGAUACAAUCAAAGGGCUCCCAGAUCUAGCAAACAGACUUCCUGCUUUACUUCCACAAUCGCCAGCAGUUAUGGCAUUCCAGAGCCCGUUUACUAACCUUGCAGCAAACCUAGAUCCCUCCAAAAAAUGCAAAAACAAGCUGCAUGGCAUCGCAGAGGUGAAGAAUGGCGGUGGUGAGCAGAUGUACAAGCAUAAAUGCAAGUUCUGUGGAAAGACCUUUGGGAAUGACAGUGCCUUGCAGAUUCAUUUACGCUCACACACUGGUGAAAGACCAUUUAAAUGUAACAUUUGUGGAAACCGUUUCACAACUAAAGGAAACCUUAAAGUGCAUUUCCAGAGGCACAAAGACAAGUACCCACACAUUAAAAUGAACCCACAUCCUGUACCAGAGCACCUAGACAACAUUCCUACUAACAACGGCAUUCCAUAUGGCAUGUCGGUGCCCAUGGAAGAAUCAAAUAUUUUAGACAACAAACCAGUGCUUGGACUCCCGUCCACAGGUAUCCACUCCUCAUCAGUGCUCCAGGGAUUCAAGCCUUCUUUUGAUGUUCCAGUGACUGGGGACCUCUACACACAAAGACCCUCCUCAUCUGGCAGUGAUGGUGCAUCCAUUUCAUCAGGCAUGUUCGGUAAUGACGUUGGACUGGACCAGAGCAAAGAAUCCUCAGAUGCACUAAGUAGCCUGCAUCAAAUGAAUGGUAGUGGUGUCCUCAGUGAAAAUGGGUCCGGCACAGCCAAGCUUCAGCAAAUGGUGGAUGGCCUGGAGAAGAGGACCAAUGACCCCAAUGAAUGCCUCAUCUGCCACAGAGUGCUGAGCUGUCAAAGUUCCCUUAAGAUGCAUUACCGUACCCACACAGGUGAGCGACCCUACAAGUGUAAGAUAUGUGGCAGAGCCUUUUCUACUAAGGGCAACCUUAAGGCCCACUAUGGUGUCCACAGGGCAAACACUCCCCUUAAAAUGCAACACUCUUGCCCAAUUUGUCAGAAAAAGUUUACCAAUGCUGUUGUGCUCCAGCAGCAUAUUCGAAUGCACAUGGGUGGCCAAAUUCCCAACACUCCAUUGCCCGAGAACCAAUAUGAGGGCCCUGAAACGAUGGAGUCCAGUGUGACUGAGAAGAACAUUGAUGCAAGUGGGCUUGAGGAGAGCAUGGAGGAGCAAGAUGUGGAUUUUGACAAUCAAGAGAAUACAAACAGCUCAGAGCCUACUCCUACAUAUGCUGCCAAAGUGGAUCAGCCGUUCAACGGCUCACCUGCCAUGUUCACUGGAAUUGCUGCCCUAGAGAACCAUAUGAAAAGCCUCACGUCAUCUUUGAACUUGCAGCGGCAGAGCAGUACUGCGUCUGAGAGUGAUGGCGGGCCCAAAGAGUCACCAUCCACAGCUGGAGACUUGGACUACAAGAAUGGACGCAGUCCAGUUGUAUCAGAUUCUGCUUCAUUUCACUCCUCAUCGCCAAUAGAUGGCCAACUGGAGAAUGGACAGUCAAAAUCUCCAGAAUCUCUAAACCCAGAUGAUUUGGCUGUAGGAGCUGCCAGAGUGGAGUCUGAUGGAGCUCAAGAUUUCAGUGAAACAAAUGGAGCCCUGGAUUUGACUUCCAGUUACAGUACAAAGGCCAUCAAAGAAGAGCCGGGUCUGUCAUUUUCCAGUGGAGAAUAUUCUGCUGGGCAUAUGCCAUUCAUGAGGGUGCCUCCAAGCCUGGUUAAGUUGGAAAUGCCAAUUCCUUCUGAGAAUCCAAUUGGUGCCAGUAAUCAGCAUGGGUCACAGCCAUCCCAGGCUACAGGAACUCCACCGUCCAGCUCGAGUGCCCCUCGCCGCUCUGCCAAGCAACAUCUGUGUAACGUAUGUGGCAAGAACUUCUCCUCGGCCAGUGCGCUGCAGAUCCAUGAACGUACACACACUGGAGAGAAACCCUUUGCUUGUACCAUCUGUGGUAGAGCUUUUACAACGAAAGGAAACCUCAAGGUCCAUGUUGGAACACACAUGUGGAAUAAUUCAACAAGGCGUGGCCAGCGUUUGUCUUUGGAAAACCCUAUGGCGUUGAUGGCCAUGGGUGCCGAGUCCAAGAUGAUCCCGGACAUGUUGCAGCCCCCGAAAGAUUUGAUCUCCUCACCGAUGAAUUUUGACCCAUCGGUAUGGAAUCAGUAUGCUGCUGCUUUCUCGAAUGGGCUGGCCAUGAAAGCCAAUGAAAUUUCAGUCAUCCAAAAUGGAGGAAUCCCACUCCCUGGAAGCCUUGCUGGAGGCCCUUUUGUUGGCUCCACAGGAGGCUUGUUGAAGAUGGACUCUCAUUCGGGCAUUCCGGGGACGGUUGCUGAAAUGGAAAAGAAUGGCUCGGAGAGCGUUGUAAAAUCACAGUUUUCACAUUUUAUGGAGGAGGGCAAAGUGAAUUAAGAUCAGAGUUUUCCUCAGUGAUUUCAAUGACUUCUCUACCAACUUGUCAGUAGGCACAAUCAAGGCUGGUUCUUUUGCGUUGUUUAUUUGUUUUGUUUUUUUGCUUUUUCAAAGUCAUAUAAAAUGUCAGAAUAUGAGCAACACUUUGAUUUGUGGACUUUAACAUUGAUGUAACUACUGUAGUUAUUACUGUUUCUUUUUCUCUAAUAUGCGGGUAUUUGUCAGUAAUGUUUCUAGAAGUUGAAUGUAAUUUGUUUGUUUUUUUUUGUUUGUUUUUUUACUUGAGAAUUUUCCUUCCAGAACUGUUCUACUAGUGAGAAUUUAUGUAAACUACAGUUUUACCAGAUCUCGCUGUAAAUCGGUGUAGGCUACGAUCUCACCAUUAUUUUUAAGUCACAUUCUUCUAGUGCCAUGUUCCUGUUUUGGUGAAGCUGUGCUCAGUGAUGAAAUGUCUAUGGCACAUUUAUUUCACCGCUAAUCCUGGGUAGUGUAGAAUAGUUGUAUAACAGUUCACUGAAGUUCCUGUUGGUUUCAGACUUGCCUGUUGAAGUGACUGGAACCUAGAUUUCAAAUUAACUUAUUCUUAUUGAAUUGCAGUGUCUCUUCUAUCUGCUCUACCAAAAAUGUAAUAUAAGUGCCUCUAUGUGGUGCCUUUUUUUUUUUUUAAUAAAAUAAAAACACCACAAGAUUAUAAUGAAGGUUCUUUGCAGAUCUUUUGUUUAUGACCAAAGUGUACUAUAUCUUUUACAUGUAGCUUUAGAGUAUUGUUUUGAGAAAUCCACAAUAAGCAUUUAAUGUGGCAUUUGGGCCUUUAUUCCCAUCAGUGGGAUUGACCAACACCUUUUUUAUUUGAAAACUUUGUAAGGUUUUCCUUUGUAAGAGCCAGUACAACGCUGAAAUCCCUGCACUUUAUUUCUCUACAUGCGGCCAAGAUUUAGUAGAUUUUAACUGGAACAUCUGUUGACCAGGGAGCUGUUUGUUUGCUGUUACUUUUUAGUUUGUCUUGUUGUGUAACUUUAUUUUUUUUUUUCUUUUUUCUUCUGCACAGUGUUUUCUGUUAUCUUAAUUUUAUCCAUGUAAGCUGCGUUGUUGUAGAUGUCUGGUUAAAAUGUGCUACUCAUGUGUUGUAUCAAGGGAACCAGCAAACAAUUUAAUAACUACUUGUCAUUUUGUUUUGAGAAUCCCCCGGCCCCUUCUCUGAACAGUUUGUACGCUGUAAUGUGGCUCGGAAACAUCACCUUGGGUCAAACAUCUACCUCAGUCGGAUGCCUUUUAUUAUUCUCGCUCUACUGACUUGAACGUGUGUGUGUGUGUGUGUGUGUGUGUGUGUGUGUGUCUCUUGUCAAGUGCUCUGAAUAGGUGAUGUUAAUGGUUACGGUCUUUCCAGAACCUGCUGAUUUAUUAUUUUUUUUUUUUUAAAUUUUCUUCUAGUAAUGAAUGUAUCACUGGACACUUUGCACAACUCUUGCUCAGAAUGGAACAAGCUACCCUCGGAAAAGACUCCUGUACUUUGUUUUUUUUUUUUUUUUUUCUUUUAUAUGCAUUGCCAAGUUGUGCCUUUUUGUGAUUAUUUUUUUUUGAAAAAGGAGAAAAAAAAAAAAAGAUUUGGUCGGCUCUUGGUCAGAGGGGUCUUGUGUUCUUUAAAUGCUGAGUCUGUUUUAGGUUUGUUUACAGUGUAGCCCUUUUUGUAAAUGUUUGCAUCCCCCCUCCCUCUCUCUCUCUCCCUCCAUCCUCUGGAUAUAUUUUGAAAAAUAAAAACCAGGAUCUUUCAAACCAAGCCUCUGAGCCUUC